AUGAGGAAGAAGAGGGCUAAGACAGCGUGUGGCAGAGCAGCAACCUGUAAGGUGCUGGGAGAGGAGAAACGGGUGAAGGAGAUGAGGCAGCGGUCAGAGGAAGGAGAACAGGGGGUGCUGCCCGCCUGUGGCCUGGCGGUGUCAGCAGCAGGCAGGACCCACUUUGGUCAGGGCUCGGGGAACAUUCUCUUGGGCUCUGUAUACUGCUCAACAUGGGAGCCCUACCUGUUGCGCUGCUCCCACAGCGGGUGGUACAACCAUGAAUGCGGCCACAGGGAGGACGCCGGAGUCAUGUGCUCAGGGACUGAAUUGGGUUUGGUCCUGAGGCUGGUGAGUGGGGGUGACUGGUGUCAGGGCCACAUGAAGUUCCUGUACUGAGGCUCCUGGGGCACCAUGAGCGAUAAUGACUGGGACACCGAUGAUGCCAGUGUGGUCUGUAGCCAGCUGGGCUGUGGCUGGGCCAUGUUGGCCUCAGAAAAUGCCCAGUUUAGUCAAGGCUCAGUGCCACUUGUCCCGGGCAAUAUGCUCUACUCAAAGCAUGAGUCCUACCUGUGGAGCUACCCCCACAGUGUCUGGAACUCACACAACUGUGGCCACAGGGAGGAUGCCGGUGUCAUCUGCUCAGCCCCGGAGGCUGUAACUUGCUUUAAGCCUGUGACCAGAAGUACACAUGGACAGAAGGUCUUCUUCUUUGUCUUGCUAGGAGAUGAGACAGGUUUGGACCUCCGGCUGGUGAAUGGAGGUAACCGGUGUCAAGGCCGCGUGGAGGUCCUGUACCGAGGCUCCUGGGGCACCGUGUGUGAUGAUGACUGGGACACCAAUGACGCCAACGUGGUGUGCAGGCAACUUGGCUGUGGCUGGGCCAUUUCGGCCCCAGGAAGUGCCCGGUUUGGUCAGGGCUCAGGGUCCAUUUUCUUGGACAACGUGCGCUGCUCUGGGCACGAGUCUAACCUGUGGCGCUGCCCCCACAAUGGCUGGAACUCACACAACUGUGGCCAUGGGGAGGACGCUGGUGUCAUCUGCUCAGCUGCCCAGUCCCGGCCCACGACCACACCAGAUUGGUGGUAUACAAGUCCUUCCUAUGGGAGUGAAUCAGGUUUGGCCCUGAGGCUGGUGAGUGGAGGUAACCGGUGUCAAGGCCGAGUGGAGGUGCUGUACCGAGGCUCCUGGGGCACCGUGUGUGAUGACAGCUGGGACCUCAGUGACGCCAACGUGGUGUGCAGGCAACUGGGCUGUGGCUGGGCCACGUCGGCGCCAGGAAAUGCCCGGUUCGGUCAGGGCUCAGGGCCCAUUGUGCUGGAUGAUGUUAGCUGCUCCGGGCAAGAGUCCUACCUGUGGCACUGUGCCCACAAUGGCUGGAACUCACACAACUGUGGCCAUGGGGAGGACGCCGGUGUCAUCUGCUCAGGUGAGCCUCUCGUCUCCCAGCCCACGACCACACCAGGGAACGAAACAGGUUUGUCCCUGAGGCUGGUGAAUGGAGGUGACCAGUGUCAGGGCCGCGUGGAGGUCCUGUACCGAGGCUCCUGGGGCACCCUGUGUGAUGACAACUGGGACCUCAGUGAUGCCGACGUGGUGUGCAGGCAACUGGGCUGUGGCCGGGCUGUGUCAGCACCAGGAAGCGCCCAGUUUGGUCAGAGCUCAGGGCCCAUUGUGCUGGACAAUGUGCGCUGCUCCGGGCAAGAGUCCUACCUGUGGCGCUGCCCCCACAAUGGCUGGAACUCACACAACUGUGGCCAUGGGGAGGAUGCUGGUGUCAUCUGCUCAGCUUUUGAGUCUGGAACAAGCCUUAAGCCUUUGGCCAAAGAUAGACAUGGACAGUGGGUCAUGUUCUUUGUCCUGCUAGGGAACGAGGCAGAUUUGUCCCUGAGGCUGGUGAAUGGAGGUGACCGAUGUCAAGGCCGCGUGGAGGUCCUGUACCGAGGCUCCUGGGGCACCGUGUGUGACGACAGCUGGGACCUCAGUGAUGCCAACGUGGUGUGCAGGCAACUGGGCUGUGGCUGGGCCGUGUCAGCCCCAGGAAGUGCCCGGUUCGGUCAGGGCUCAGGGCCCAUUGUGCUGGACGAUGUGAGCUGCUCCGGGCAAGAGUCCUACCUGUGGCACUGUGCCCACAAUGGCUGGAACUCGCACAACUGUGGCCAUGGUGAGGAUGCCAGUGUCAUCUGCUCAGCUGCCCAGUCCCAGCCCACGACCACACCAGAGGACUUUCCUACAGGAACAAAGAGAAAGUAACUUUUCUGUUGUCUGCUAGGAAACGAAACAGGUUUGUCCCUGAGGCUGGUGAAUGGAAGUGACCAGUGUCAGGGUCGCGUGGAGGUCCUGUACCGAGGCUCCUGGGGCACCGUGUGUGAUGAUGACUGGGACACUAUGGACGCCGACGUGGUGUGCAGGCAACUGGGCUGUGGCCGGGCCCUGUCGGCGCCAGGAAGUGCCCGGUUCGGUCAGGGCUCAGGGCCCAUUGUGCUGGACAAUGUGCGCUGCUCCGGGCAAGAGUCCUACCUGUGGCGCUGCCCCCACAAUGGCUGGAACUCACACAACUGUGGCCAUGGGGAGGAUGCUGGUGUCAUCUGCUCAGGGAGUGAGACAGGUUUGUCCCUGAGGCUGGUGAAUGGAGGUGACCGGUGUCAAGGCCGAGUGGAGGUCCUGUACCGAGGCUCCUGGGGCACCGUGUGCGAUGACGACUGGGACCUCAGUGACGCCAACGUGGUGUGCAGGCAACUGGGCUGUGGCUGGGCCACGUCGGCCCCAGGAAGUGCCCGGUUCGGUCAGGGCUCAGGGCCCAUUUUGCUGGACAACGUGCGCUGCUCCGGGCAAGAGUCCUACCUGUGGCGCUGCCCCCACAAUGGCUGGAACUCACACAACUGUGGCCAUGGUGAGGACGCCGGUGUCAUCUGCUCAGCUGCCCAGUCCCAGCCCACGACCACACCAGAUUGGUGGUAUACAAGUCCUUCUUAUGGAAACGAAACAGGUUUGUCCCUGAGGCUGGUGAAUGGAAGUGACCAGUGUCAGGGUCGCGUGGAGGUCCUGUACCGAGGCUCCUGGGGCACCGUGUGUGACGAUGACUGGGACACUAUGGACGCCGACGUGGUGUGCAGGCAACUGGGCUGUGGCCGGGCCCUGUCGGCGCCAGGAAGUGCCCGGUUCGGUCAGGGCUCAGGGCCCAUUGUGCUGGACAAUGUGCGCUGCUCCGGGCAAGAGUCCUACCUGUGGCGCUGCCCCCACAAUGGCUGGAACUCACACAACUGUGGCCAUGGGGAGGACGCUGGUGUCAUCUGCUCAGGGAAUGACUCAGGUUUGUCGCUGAGGCUGGUGAAUGGAGGUGACCGGUGUCAAGGCCGCGUGGAGGUCCUGUACCGAGGCAUCUGGGGCACCGUAUGUGAUGACAGCUGGGACCUCAAUGAUGCCAACGUGGUGUGCAGGCAACUGGGCUGUGGCUGGGCCACAUCUGCAACAGGAAGUGCCCGGUUUGGUCAGGGCUCAGGGCCCAUUGUGCUGGACGACGUGAACUGCUCCGGGCAAGAGUCCUACCUGUGGCACUGUGCCCACAAUGGCUGGAACUUGCACAACUGUGGCCAUGGUGAGGAUGCCGGUGUCAUCUGCUCAGCUGCCCAGUCCCAGCCCACGACCACACCAGAUUGGUGGUAUACAAGUCCUUCCUAUGGCAAUGAAUCAGGUUUGGCCCUGAGGCUGGUGAGUGGAGGUAACCGGUGUCAAGGCCGAGUGGAGGUCCUGUACCGAGGCUCCUGGGGCACCGUGUGUGACGACAGCUGGGACCUCAGUGACGCCAACGUGGUGUGCAGGCAACUGGGUUGUGGCUGGGCCACGUCGGCGCCAGGAAAUGCCCGGUUCGGUCAGGGCUCAGGGCCCAUUGUGCUGGAUGACGUGCGCUGCUCCGGGCAAGAGUCCUACCUGUGGCGCUGCCCCCACAAUGGCUGGAACUCACACAACUGUGGCCAUGGGGAGGACGCCGGUGUCAUCUGCUCAGCUGCCCAGUCCCAGCCCACGACCACACCAGAUUGGUCAUAUACAAGUCCUUCCUAUGGCAAUGAAUCAGGUUUGGCCCUGAGGCUGGUGAAUGGAAGUGACUGGUGUCAAGGCCGAGUGGAGGUCCUGUACCGAGGCUCCUGGGGCACCGUGUGUGACGACAGCUGGGACCUCAGUGACGCCAACGUGGUGUGCAGGCAACUGGGCUGUGGCUGGGCCACGUCGGCGCCAGGAAGUGCCUGGUUCGGUCAGGGCUCAGGGCCCAUUGUGCUGGAUGACGUGCGCUGCUCCGGGCAAGAGUCCUACCUGUGGCGCUGCCCCCACAAUGGCUGGAACUCACACAACUGUGGCCAUGGGGAGGACGCCGGUGUCAUCUGCUCAGCUGCCCAGUCCCAGCCCACGACCACACCAGAUUGGUGGUAUACAAGUCCUUCCUAUGGCAAUGAAUCAGGUUUGGCCCUGAGGCUGGUGAAUGGAGGUAACCGGUGUCAAGGCCGAGUGGAGGUCCUGUACCGAGGCUCCUGGGGCACCGUGUGUGACGACAGCUGGGACCUCAGUGACGCCAACGUGGUGUGCAGGCAACUGGGCUGUGGCUGGGCCACGUCGGCGCCAGGAAAUGCCCGGUUCGGUCAGGGCUCAGGGCCCAUUGUGCUGGAUGACGUGCGCUGCUCCGGGCAAGAGUCCUACCUGUGGCGCUGCCCCCACAAUGGCUGGAACUCACACAACUGUGGCCAUGGGGAGGACGCCGGUGUCAUCUGCUCUGCUGCCCAGUCCCAGCCCACGACCACACCAGAUUGGUGGUAUACAAGUCCUUCCUAUGGCAAUGAAUCAGGUUUGGCCCUGAGGCUGGUGAAUGGAAGUGACUGGUGUCAAGGCCGAGUGGAGGUGCUGUACCGAGGCUCCUGGGGCACCGUGUGUGACGACAGCUGGGACCUCAGUGACGCCAACGUGGUGUGCAGGCAACUGGGCUGUGGCUGGGCCGUGUCAGCACCAGGAAGUGCCCGUUUUGGUCAGGGCUCAGGGCCCAUUGUGCUGGAUGACGUGCGCUGCUCCGGGCAAGAGUCCUACCUGUGGCGCUGCCCCCACAAUGGCUGGAACUCACACAACUGUAACCACUGGGAGGACGCCGGUGUCAUCUGCUCAGGCUCACUCAGCACCCCUGCUACCACAGAUUGGUGGCGCCCAUCUACUACACCCACUGGGACAAAUUAUUCCUGUGGAGGCUUCCUGUCCCAAUCAUCAGGGCACUUUUCCAGCCCGUUCUAUCCUGGGAACUAUCCAAACUACGCCAAAUGUGUGUGGGACAUUGAGGUUCCAAACAACUACCGUGUGACUGUUGUCUUCAGAGAUGUGCAGCUCGAAAGUGGCUGUAACUAUGACUACAUUCAAGUGUUCGAUGGCCCCUACCACAGCUCCCCUCUGAUUGCCCGUGUUUGUGAUGGGGCCAGGCGCUCCUUCACUUCCUCUUCAAACUUCAUGUCCAUUCGCUUUGUCAGUGAUGGCAGCAUCACAAAGAGGGGCUUCCAGGUCGACUACUAUUCCAGUCCUUCCAAUGACAGCACCAAGCUGUUUUGUCUGCCAAACCACAUGCAAGCCAGUGUGAGUAGGAGCUACCUCCAGUCCCUGGGCUAUUCUGCCAUGGACCUUGUCAUUCCCAGCUGGAAUGGAAACUACCAGUGUCAGCCCCAGAUAACGGCCAGCCAGGUGAUAUUCACAAUUCCCUACUCAGGCUGCGGCACCGUCAAGCAGGUUGAUAAUGACACCAUCACCUAUUCCAACUUCCUCGAAGCAGCUACUCCAGAUGCCAUCAUCAAGAGGACGAAGAACUUCCGCAUUCUCAUCAGCUGCAGGAUGCUCCAAGACACCUGGGUUGACACCAUGUACAUUGCUAAUAACACCAUCGACGUCAAGGAAGUGCAGUAUAGCAAUUUUGGCGUGAACAUUUCCUUUUAUACAUCCUCUUCAUUUUUAUAUCCUGUGACCAGCAGCCCAUACUAUGUGGACCUGAACCAGAACUUGUACCUUCAAGCCCAGAUCCUCCAUUCUGACACCUCCUUGGCCUUGUUUGUGGAUACCUGUGUGGCAUCCCCAUAUUCCAAUGACUUUACAUCUUUGACUUACGAUCUCAUCCGGAGUGGGUGUGCCAAGGACAGAACCUACCAAUCGUACUUUCCACCAUCGCCUCGCAUUGUCCGCUUCAAGUUCAGUUCCUUCUACUUCCUGCAUCGCUUCCCCUCCGUGUACCUGAAGUGUAAAAUGGUGGUAUGCAGGGCAGAGGACUCCUUCUCCCGCUGCCGCAGAGGCUGCAUCAGGAGGUCCAAGAGGGACGUGGGCUCUUACCAGGAGAUGGUGGACGUCGUCCUGGGCCCCAUUCAGCUGCGGGCCCCGCACGCCGUGAAGAGGAGCCUGGCCAGGCGGCCUUAGGCCUGAGGCCCCCGGGGACCCGGCAGGAUUCUGUCGGUGUUGUGUUCCACCUCAGAUCGGGCCCCCACCAUGUGCCAUGCCUGCCGUGCUCCACCGGGCGAUGUGGAGUCUGCUAGAUCUGCUUCCCGCCGCCUUCCAUGGGCUCCUGGUCCAUGGGGGACCAUGCGUAGUGCUUGGUCAAGAGAGUUCUGGCCGGUGGCACCGACGCCUUUGUCCUCUGGGGUCCGAACUCCCAGAACCUUCUACUCCUCCUCUGUAACCCAAAAAUGUUAAUACCUAUUAGGACUGUGGAGGAGGUGCAAUAAAAGAACAUUUGUUAAACUGC